CUGGGAGAUCGUAACUUUUCACCGGUUUUCUUUCGCCAUGUGAGUAGACGAGACGUCCCGGAAAAUUUCCGCCGAUAUUUCUUCUCGAAUUUUUUUCUUAGAAUCAAGAAAAAUUAAUAGUGCGUAGUUGAAGUUUUUGUUUUGUGGAAAAGUGAAAAAUUUUUAUAUUGAAAAAUUUUGAUAAAAAUCAAAAGUUAUAGAAAGUUAUAGAAACUAAGAGAGAUAGAUAACACCAUAAAAAUAUAUUUUAAAACUUAAAAAAAGAACAAAUGGUGAAAGAUUUUUCAAUGUGACCACAAUUAAAGAAAAAAUAACAUUCAAAUUAUUACAAAUUUCAAACAAUAAAACAAUGUCUGCUACAGACAACAAAGACCAAACGUACCCCAAGAAAACUUUCUCCAAACUACCCGUGCACCAAAUCAACCCCAGUUAUACAGUGCGCGUCAUCUGUUGCGUGUUCUUCAUCUUCCUCACGGAGAUAUUCCUCGCCCACUACGUUUACAGAUUGAUAAACAGCGAAAUUCGCGAGGACUACGUUUCGAAAGCCGCGUUCCAUCAUCAUUUUCUGUUGGAGCUGCGCAGCGACGAGUUUAGAAACGAAGUUAGGAGAAUUUUUAAGGAGUUUGAUGGUUCGCACGUCAAUCGUACGUCGAGCAGAGAGAAGAGAAGCAUUAAACACAGAUUGGAGUAUAAUUAUUUGGGCGUGCAGGCGGAGGAGCCCCAAGUGGAGUUCUUCAAUCCGAAAUUGAGGACCAAUGCCGACGAGAAAGAGGAGGAUAUGAAGAAAUUGGGGAAGAAGGAGAUAUCGCCCGGUGGGGAUUCUUGGAUUUGGGUUACAAGCUCUAGUAGAAUACCGGAAAAAGCCUUGGAAGGAUAUUGUCAGAAAGUCCAAGAAUUUUGCCCGAAAAAUCCGGGUCCACAAGGUCCUCCAGGAUUGAAAGGCGAACCAGGACAACAAGGACUAAGAGGGUUUCCUGGAAUUCCUGGUGACAUGGGUAAUAGAGGGUUUACAGGUCCAAAGGGCCAGACUGGAUCUAAAGGUUCUAUUGGUCCACCAGGAUUAAAAGGACUAAAAGGGGACAGGGGAGAAGAUGGUGCUCCUGGUUUCCCGGGAGAAAAAGGAGAACAAGGCCGGGCUGGAUUGGAUGGUUUGAAUGGUUUACCGGGCGAACCAGGACUCUACGGACGUCCAGGAAGAAACGGCUAUGAUGGGGCGCCUGGAAAGGACGGCAUACCAGGAAGAGAUGGCAAAGAUGGCGUAAACGGGAUAAAAGGAGAAAGAGGAUCCAUCGGACCUGUAGGUCCCAAGGGAUCUGUCGGACUACCAGGACCUCGAGGAAGGCCUGGUAAACCUGGCAUGCAUGGUACGCCUGGUAUUCCUGGGAUACAAGCAUGGAAGAUUAUGGAUAAGCAGAAUUCUUCAAAGUUUCUUAUACCGCCAUCUAUUGCAGGAGCUCCUGCGGGAUCAUCGGGAGCGAGUAUUGUCCACGAAUGGGAUAAUGUUAAUCUUCAAUGUUUAGCUAGCGGUACUCCGCCCCCGAACACAAUUUGGCAGCGACUUGAUAACAGACCAGUCGUUAUGGGUACCUGGCAAGAUAUCCAAGUCCCGGGGCCUAACUUGAGCAUCCCUAGAAUAUCACGCGACCAUAUGGGAAUCUACAUGUGCAUCGCUGAUAAUGGCGUUCCGCCACAGGCAAAUAGGACCUACCUCGUCGAAGUUCAUUUUCCACCUCUCGUCAGGAUUUCGAAUCAAAAUGUGCCCGCGGCGAAUGGAUCAACAGCCACUUUGGAAUGCGAGACGGAAGCCUUUCCGGAACCCCUUCGCUACUGGGAACGUUCUGACGGACGCCUGUUGGAGAACAGCGACAAAUACAGGAUAGAUAAUUCUUUGGAGAGGAACGGCUACAGAUCUAGAAUGCAGCUCAAUAUAACGAGGGUCAAUAGCCACGAUUUCAACUACAAGUAUUACUGCAUCAGCAAAAAUGAGUUGCAAACAACUAGAGGAGAAUUUCAACUUGGAAAACAUAAUGGAACUCAAUCGCUAUAUACAGAGCGAGGAAAAGGACCCGUUCUCUUUGGAAUACCGCCACCCGUUAAGGUGUCUCUCGAGGACCUGUGCGGACCUCCGAUACACUGCCCCGAUUGCGGCGAUAUCAGUAUCAAAGAAACCAAAUGUAUUGCCGGAGGAGUAUCUUUAAUCGACUUGAUCACGCACUGGGAAGUCAGGAAGUACCAAAAUAUUACCUAUCCUGGACGCGGUACGAGGGCAAAAGAUUGUGUAUUGUACGCUGUUGGUAAACCAGUCUAUCUCAGGUUCACCGAAGAUAACUACGGAUCUUGGAUGCGUGAUUCAAAUCCUAUAAAUGAAAAGGACGAACACAAAUAUUGGGUGACUAGGGAAAAUCAGCCUCACAAACUGUACGAGUUUGCCAAUAAAACCAUGUUUAGAAGAGACAUUCCCACGCACGUAUACAAUGUUAAUGAUCCUUUUGGAGGUAACACUCACGUAGUAUACAAUGGAUACUUUUUCUAUAAUAUUAAGGAUACAAGAAGAAUUAUCCGAUAUAAUUUACUAAAUGAGAGUACUAUGUUAUUAGAUCUUCCAGGACCGGAUUCCAGUUCGAAAAUUUACACGAACGCUUCCAAAUUAUACAGUGGACAGUACAAUACUGUUGAUUUUAGUGUUGACGAUAAUGGUUUAUGGAUUAUUUUUGCUGUGCCUGAUUCAAAUAAUACUGCUAUUAUGAAGGUAAAUGCAGAUACACUGAAGGCCCAGUACGUCUGGAACAUCAGUUUGCCUCACCAAAAAGUGGGAGAAAUGUUCGUGGUGUGCGGGGUCCUCUAUGCUGUCGACAGCGUCAUUGACAGAAAUACAAAAAUUAGAUUCGCAUUCGAUCUGUACAAAGAGAAUCUAUUGGACGUCAAUUUGGCGUUUACAAACCCGUUUAGAAAAACCACCAUGUUGGGAUACAAUGCAAAAAAUCAGGAAUUGUAUUCGUGGGAUAAAGGCAACCAAUUAACUUAUCCGGUUCGAUACCACGAUAUCGGGUACAAUUCGACGACGGUCCCUAAAGACGAGGCCGCAGAUCCUCCGACUCCACAAUAGAACAGACAGAAAAGGAUGUUGGAUGUACAGUUUUUCCUAAGGAACAGGAAGAUAAUGAAAGAAAUUUAAUUGAAAUUUUAAAUCUGAAGAAACUGCGGAUUCAUUUUAAAUCAAUUGUAUACUAUUUAUCUUUAAUUAAGUUAAAAAAGCAUCAGAGGCAUGGCACAGUAAAAACUUUGAUGACAAUAACGUGUUAAAUAAACGAAAUAUUGGAAUAUCGGCUGCAAGUUUUGUCAAAAACAAUGUUGCUAAAUUAUUUACAGAACAUAUUUGAUUUUGUUGUUUCAUUUCAUUAGUUCUGAGAUUUUUUGAUAUACAGUGUGUUUUAAAAAAAGUGGCCCCGUUGCUAGGGUAGGUAGAACACUGCAAAAUAAGUUGGGUGUGCUAAGUAAAAAAUUUUCGAAAUGAAAUUUUGUA